UGGACAACGCGAAUAUAGUCAAAGCAUCGAUAUUAAGACUUGUCCAGGCAGAAUCAAAUACAGAUAAAUCUGGCAAAGUGAGUACAUAAUCGAAGUCCACUUCCUUGGGAUUGAACACUGACCUGGUAUCCGUACGACCGAUUGGGUCAACAUGGAGCUGGCUCCCCCUCCCCCGGGUCUUGAAGCAGAGUAUGCAAUGCUCUUCACUACUGACUCCCUUGUCUUCUUGCAUGAACUGAUCUCCACAUUUGAUGAGGAGGUGGAUCAGAUCCUGCAGCUGAGAGUAUCCAGAAAGGCCCAGUUGGAUCUUUCAGGUGACCUCCCAACCUUCCUGGAAAGCACUACACACAUUAGGAGAGAACCAGCCUGGAGAGUGCUCCCUGUCCCACCAAGACUCCAAAAGAGACAUGUCGAUAUUGGAGAUAUGGCCCCAUGUGAUACUCAGCGCUUCAUUAAGGCUCUUCAGUCACCAGCACAAGGCAUACAGGUUGACUUUGACGAUGGGAACUGCCCAACAUAUUACAACCAGAUCAAAGGCAUUCACAAUGUUGUUAAGGCAGUAUGCAACCUGUUCCCCAACGUUCCACACAUAUCUCAGGCUCCAGUUCUGAUGCUGCGUCCCCGGGCCUGGAACAUGGUGGAGCACAACGUGAUGGUGGAGGGGAAGGAGGCGCCUGGUCCUCUCUUUGACUUUGGACUCAUCAUUUUUCACUGUGGAAAGACACUGGUUGAACAUGCAAGUGGACCCUUCUUCUACCUGUCAAAAGUGGAGAGCUUCAUGGAGGCCAGACUGUGGAACAAGAUAUUUGUCUGGACCCAGCAGAAGCUGGGGCUUCCACUGGGUAGCAUCAAGGCGACAGUACUGAUUGAAAAUGUAUUAGCAGCAUUUGAGAUGGAGGAGAUACUGUAUGAGCUGCGGGAUCAUUCAGCAGGACUCAACUGUGGUAUCUGGGAUUACUCAGCCUCCUUUGUCAAUAAGUUUGGCCACAGACCAGCUUUCCUGCUGCCCGACCGCAGCAAAUACGUCAACAUGAAGAAGCGUUUUCUGCACAGCUACAUGGAUCUGUUGGUCCAAACAUGUCAUCGGCGUGGAGCACUGGCAACAGGGGGCAUGGCCGCCCUACUGCUGCCUCCAAAUCCACUUAGUGACUCCUACAAGAGAGUUCUGGAAUCUGUUAAAAGGCUAAAGUUGUUGGAAAUAAAUGCAGGUGUGGACGGUUUCAUGGUAUAUGAUCUGAAUCUGAUUGAGCCCAUGCAAAAACUCUUCGAGCUCCACUCUGAAGGUGAUAACCAGCUUCACCAGCUUCGGAAUGACGUUGUGGUGACUCCUGAUGACCUUCUGUCCAUGCCUUCUGGAGGUGUCACUCUUUAUGGACUGAAGUACAACAUUACAGUUGGUGUUCUCUUUAUUAAUGCUUGGCUUUCAGGUAAAGGCCACUUUUUCUACAGAGGACAGGUUGAAGAUUCAGCCACAGCGGAGAUUUCUAGAUCACAGGUGUGGCAGUGGAUCCGGCAUCAGACUCCGCUGGAGAAUGACAGUAGGGUGGUGAGCAAGCAGCUGGUGACUGACCUCACCAAGGAGUUCAUUAUGGAGCUCAGUACUCCCUGCCACUCUGUUAGGACUAAACAAAGAUUCCACACAGCUGCAGAUAUGUUCCUGGAGGUGGUUCAGAUGAGACAUUUCCCAGAGUUCAUCACCACCUACUUGAACCAGGAUCACACCUUUCUCAGCUCACAGGUCAGUGGACAGCUGGAGCCUCUGGACACAGACAUGCAGCUGUCCAAACUGUAAAGGACCACCUGGAGGACACCACUUUGGGAUUGUAGAAAUUGCAAUGGACAUUUGUUUACUAAAUAAAACAAUCAUCAAGUCAAAUCAAAUUUGAUUUGGUAUCAUCAUCCAAAGACAUGUAUGGCAUCAGUAUAACAUAAAUCGAACGGUUUGUAUUUGCCUUUUACAUUAAGCAUUUGGUUAAUAAAUAUUCAUUUGAAGAGUAUACAUACAUACAUGCAAAUACUGCUUAACUUUGCUUCUAGAAAGCCAUAUCUUAAGAGAUUAAAUUAAUUAAUUUUAUGUUAAUGUGACAAACUGAUUGGCAGAGAUACUGAAAUUAAAACUAGACACUGCAUGAAAUAUCCAAACUGUGAAUUCUGUGAUAGUAGAAGAAGAACUGAUUUGAUUGUGGUUAAACAAAUUUGCCAGGUCUAGUUUUACCUGUUUGUAAAAGUUUAAAGUAUCUUUGGCACAUUAUCACUGAUGAUUUAUCUGAUGAAGAUGACAUGUAUAGGCAACGGCAUGUGUUAUAAACAAAAAUUAAUCUCUUCAGAGCUUACUGUACCCAUCUUUAUACUGUCCCCUUGUGGAGUAAUUUUUAAAAGGGGCAGUAUCUGCAACCUUCAGGUUGCCUAUAACGACUGUUAGCGAAUUCUGAUGUGAAAACCUAGGUGGCACCAUGUGAGUGAGCUGUUUUGUAAUUAAUAAUUAAUAAAGUCUAUCUGUGCAGGAUUUAAAAAAAAAAAAAAAAAUCUCUGGUCCUCACUGCAUAGUUGUUCUUAAUGCCUGCUACUGUGUGUGGCACACAUAACAUACAGUUUUUACUUUUGCACUCGCAGUAUGCUGCUACAUGGUUAGUGUUGUUGUUUUUUGUUCAUACUUGAAAAUUGUUCACGGAGCAAAAAAUUUAAAAACUAUGCUGUGGUUGUAUUUGGAAGUAAAUCGUUUCCUAAUUCAAUACACAUGUUCUGUUUGCUGCAUCAGAGAAAGGUACUGUGAGGUAAUAUCUGAAAACAGUAAGAAUAUACUGUUUUAUGAAAACAAGGUUUAUUUUGGAUUUGCAUGUGCUAUAUCACACAGCGUCAUUGUUAAUACACAUCCGUUGCUUUCAUGUGUGUCUAAAUAAAACAAAUAAAAUGUA